UUGUUCUUUGUUCCUUCUCCAAACUCCUUUCUUCUUCUCUACAAUUCUCUCUCUCUCUCUCUACUUUUUUCCUUCGCCAUUAAGUCUUCACCUUCAUCUUCUUCAUCCAUUUUCCUCUUCUCUGCAACUCCGAUUCAUUGACAUCCUUCUUCAAUGGCGGAAUCAGAGGUCCUCGCGCCACCGCUAAAUCAACCUACUCCAAGUAAGUUCCAUACCCAUAUCUUGUAUAAAGUUGUAACCGCUAUUUUCUUUCUACUCAUUCUCCCUUUAGUCCCUUCCCAAGCCCCUGAGUUUGUUAAUCAAACUUUACUCACCAGAAGCUGGGAGCUUCUGCACCUUCUUUUCGUCGGAAUCGCUGUUUCUUACGGUCUUUUUAGCCGAAGAAGUGACGAAAAAGAGGAUGAAAUUAGUGUAUCUAAGUUUGAUAAUGUUCAAUCUUAUGUUUCUGGAUUACUUCAUGUUUCGUCUGUUUUUGAUGAUGAGCCUGAAACUCCGUCUGCUAAUGAUGAAUCCAUAUCUUCGUCCGAUGAAAAUAAGGUUCAUACAUGGAAUAGUCGGUAUUUUAGGAAUGAAUCUGUGGUUGUUGCUGAAGAACGUCCUGCUGUUAAUGAGCAGAGAGUUAGGAGUGAGAAGCCUUUGCUUCUCCCUGUUCGUAGCUUGAAGUCUCGUGUUGUUGUAGAUGAUGAGUCUAGAUAUAAGCCGAGAGUGAGUUCGAGAAGAUUAUUGAGUAAUUUGAAAAGGAGUUCGAAUGGUGAGUUUGGGGGAGUGAGUCUUGAAGAAAUUGAGGAUAAGUUGAAUGAAAAUGUUGUUCUUCCAUCUCCGGUUCCAUGGCGGUCGAGAUCGGGGAGGAUGGAGGUGCAAGAAGAGGCUGAUAUUCCUUCCAUGGAGGAUUCUGAAUCGAAUAGGAUCGACUCUAGGUCUCCUAGGCCUCAAGCUUCAAGGUCUUCCCGAGCCAGUGCCAUUUCUCAGAAGCCAUCUCCUUCUCCAUCUCCAUCUCCAAGGAAACCAUCUCCUUCCCAUAAUGUGUCACCAGAAUCACAGGCCAAGAGUGCUGAGGAUUUGGUGAGGAAGAAGAGCUUCUACCGGUCUCCUCCACCUCCGCCGCCACCUCCCCCCCCGCCACAUGUUCGACGAAUUUCCUCAAUGAAACCGAGUUCAUGGGUGAACGAGAAUAAUGUACCUCAUCAAAAGGAAUUGAAAAGAAGCUUAACUAGCAAGCCCAGAAGCUUAAUUCGUGAUACAGGAGAUGAUACUGAUGUGAUGAUUGGUGCUAAUUCAAGUGGUGAAGCUCUGUCUAGAAAUUAUGUUGAUAAUCUAUCAAUGGGAAAGUCUGUUAGAACAAUCAGACCUGGGGAAGUUGUGAAUGAGCCACCAAGAAGAGGGAGAGAAUUUGGUGGGAAUGAUCAAUUGAAGGGGAAGAUGAUGGAUCAAAAUACCCAUGUCCAAGAUUUUGAAGAAAACCCCAUUGAGUUUCCAGAUGAAGAUAAAGAAGAAUUGGUGGAAAAGCUAACCAUGGACACCGACGAUGACGACGACGACGACAUGGAAAGCGAGGAAGAAAACAAUAACAUGGUGGGGCGGUUUAUUAGGGAAGACAAUGGAGAACCUUUUGAUGUGAAACUGAGAGAUAGAGAUGAUGGAAGAGUUUCGAGUAAUGAAGAAGAAGCAGGAAGCUCUAGUAAUAUGGCUAAUGAUGGAGGACCGGAUGUAGAUAAGAAGGCUGAUGAGUUCAUUGCCAAAUUCAGAGAGCAAAUCAGGCUUCAAAGGAUUGAAUCAAUCAAAAGAUCAAGUGGACAAAUUCGUAGAAACACUGCAAAGCAAACUUGAAGUUGAAAGAGAUGUAUCAUAUACGUAACCUUCUUCAUUCAAUUCCUGGAAAGUGUUUCAUCUUCUCCAAAUAUUCAUCCUCUGGAUUUAUAUGAUAGAUGAUUAUGUAUUUCAGCAGACAUCUUCUCAUUAGUGUGUUUGUUGAUCUACAGCAGAAACAAGAAGGCUAAUGACUUUAGUGGUGUAUGUAAUUGUAAUGUGCGUGAGAGUUCUAUUUUUCUAAUUUGCCUGUUAAAUUAGAUGGAAUAGGUUGUUUCACUUAAUUAACUAUUUCUUCUAUAUAUUUGGAUAUAUAAAUCUUUUGGCCUAGAAAA